UGAAUCAUUCUUUGAGGAAGAAGGAGCAAGACACCGUCGGCGUCACUAGCUGUGCCGAGCUUUAGUCGCCACGAGCCCGAUAUUUCCCUCGCCAGUCGUACUCUGCAAGUCCAACGAACCAUAGCCGCAAACACUCAUCUCUUCUGAAAAUGUGGCCGCAGGCUUCUAAAUUGAUGUUAAUUGGCUUAAUCGCCGGUGUGACAGCCUCGCCGAUAGUGAACAACCGUGAUUCAAAGUUUCUGUUCAAGUCGCUGCUACCUUUUCAUCAUCACUUACAACAACAGUCUUCUUUCUUCUACAGAACGCCUCUGAUCCACCCUCCUGCACCGCAUCAUCCCGACCCGGUGGAUCCCAUGCCGUACGCGGACUACCCUAUCGAAGGCAUGCACCCUCCUGAGCCAGAGCCAGAACCAUUUUUCACUCGCUUCGCAGCGCCUCCUCCACUACCAGAGCCCGAGCAUAAUUUCCCUAAUUUCGGCAAUUUCCAGAACCAUGAACCUGUAAUUACCUACACGUCGUACAGCAUUCACAAAAGCAACCCAAGCAAUCAUCUCGAGCCGCCUCCCAAACAGCCUUCCCGAGCAGGACCAGUGCGCGUCUUUUUCCUUUUCUCUCGCUUCCCCUGGCCGCUGGAGCCGGUGGUCCAGAGAGUGCAGAAUUACUUUUCCACCUACUCGGUACCAACCGUUGAGCCCCUGUUAGACGAGGAGGUCGACUUGGGGCCUGCAAUUGAAGAGGUGGACGACAUCGAAAGCCAACUUGCUCUCGGUCCAACGACCACUGCAAAGCCAGACAAACUAGAAAAUAAUAAUCAAAAUAUUUCUAAUUCCACGGAGAAGGACGAGGAACCUGCGAUCGAAGCGGCGGUUCAAUUUGAGUCUAAUUCAACCACUCUGGUUAACAGAAUCGAGAGUAAUCAAAAUUCGACUCUUGAGUCGGAGAGAGCCGAAGAGACGAGCACCGAAACGGAAGAGGAAGAUACAACAACCGAAGAAAUUACGACAAUUUCUAAUGAACAAAAUGCUGCGACGACGCAGUCAACUUUGAAAAUUGCCAAGGUCGAGACGACGACACUUGAACCUCAAAGUACCAGCGAAUAUGCAUUGAGAGAUUUGGUGGAUUACAGCGACGACGUGAUCAUAUCCAAAAAAUGAAUUUUUAUGGUUACCAAAAUUUUGUAUAAUAAUUAUAAUUGAUGUAAUGAAAACAAACAAACGGCGAUGAUGAACUGAAGUACGUACAAUAUGUUCUCCUAAAUAAAUGUAUACUAGCAUGGAUAAACAAUUGUAAAACUGAAACAUGCUAACUAAAAUAAAAUGAUAAUCUUUUUCA